CUCGACAAGUCGUGUGUGCGCGUGUGUAAGCGUGCGUGAGUAUGGAAAUGUCCCCCUUUCAGCAUGAUAACAUGUGUUUCAUGCAUUUCACCGCCAGAGUGCAACACAUGUUCGUUGACGCCGAAUGAAACAAAACGAUAUUCAUGAAUGGAUGUUGCCGGUGUUGGCGGUGUUGCGUGUUUUGAAAUUUGAAGGAAAAAACGUGUUAUUGAAGUAUUCUUCUCUGUAAACGAUUCUCUCCUACAUUGGAGUAUUCUGUAUUCCUGUAUUUAAACUUCUGAAGAAUUUCUUUACUCAAUUGAAUGUUGGAAUUUCCUACAAGCAAAUACAUGAAUGGACAAAUAGUUUUCCCGCUCAAUACAUUAUCACUAGUUUCCAGAGCUAGUAAUUUUAUCCGAAACACAGUGAAACGAGCUUUGGGUCGUGAUGAAGAAGAUAUACUAACACCCAAACGGUUAGCGUUACAAGAUGACAAUUUCUUACAGAUACAAAAUUUUAUGAAGAUAUUCGAUGACCCUGUAAUGAGAAGUUUACUAAAAUUCGACUCGUGCAACUUGCUAGCUGACAAUUAUUUGAUUGCGAUUGCGUAUAUUUAUUUGGACAGAGCUAAAAUUCUAUUAUCAAAACACGACGUUCAUUAUUUACUUAGUGCCUUGUAUUUAGCCCACGAGGUUCAAGAAGACUUGAGAUGUUUACGUGAAAAAAUUAUACCCUGGUAUCCUGGGACUUGUACAGAGAUGAAAAGCGCCGGACUACAUUAUUUUAAAAAUAAAAUUUGGAUUCAGAUGAAUUUCAAAUGCCACGUUACUAAAAAGAGCUGCGACGAGUUGAUGAAACGCACCGCUCAAUGGGACCUUUGGAAAAGAAAACGAGAGUCGUCGCAUUCGGGAGCUUUUCGAUUUUAUCAGUUUGAAAAAACCAAAUGCAAACAUUGCUGUAAGUCGUACCAGUACAACUUGAUGGUAUCCGAUGUGAAUAAUAACGAAUUACAAGAAUCUGCCGAAAAUACCCCGGUCAGUUUCACUACUUCGGAUUGGGAAAUUGAUUCUAAUUCGGAUGAUGUUCUUUCGUCGUGAAAUUUUAGUAGUACUUAAUUUAGUUUUAAAAUUUUAAUUGUUGUUUGUUUUCGAUCUCAUUAAUUUUUUACGUUUCGUUUUCGAUUUCAAAGCCCAAGACAGCGUUAAUUUUGGCUUUUUUUUUCACUUGUGAAGUGUUAUUGUAUAAGUUUUCGUUCCAGUGAACUCUAAACGCGUGUUUUUUUUUACGAUACCUAUCAACUAAGAAAUAAAUUUUUAUUUUUAUUAUUA